AUGGCACCUCCUCCGCCUUCGCGCCUGUUGCUUUUCCUGGCAACUCUGGUGGGGCUCCUAGGUCCCUAUGAGGUGGCCACUAGGCUGGUGGAGGAGGCGGGAGUCCAUUGCCCCGGAGGCCCAUGGCCUCUGCCACCACAGGUGUCACCAAGAGUGACGUAUACACGGAUGAUCCCAGCGCUGGCUGAGGAUGUCAGCUUCCUCUACCAUCCCUGUGCCCAUCCCUGGCUGAAGAUCCAGCUUGCCCUCCUGGCUCGUGUCUGUGUGCCUGAGCCCUCACUGACCCCUGAUUCCAACCUCACUCAGGACCGACCCUUGGUGCUGACAGCAUGGGGGGUGGCACUGGAGAUGGCAUGGGUAGAGCCAGCCUGGGCUGCCAGAUGGCUGAAGAGGUGGCGCCGGAGGAAGAAGAAAGCAUGGUUGCACCCUGGAAGCCUUUCUGGGGUAUCUCCCUCGGUGCUGACCUCAGGCAGAGGGCACCUGAGCAGGAGAGGGUAUCUGCAGGCCCUGGCUUUGGCCUUUGCUCUUCGUAGCUGGCGGCCCCCAGGGACAGAGGUGGCACCUGGAAUGCCUAGGCGGGCCUCUCCAGAUGGUGCAAAGAGGAGGAGACUGCGGGCUGCUCUUGGUCUCCAGCCCACUCCCUCGAUUCCAGGGAUCCCCUCUGCUUCUUCACAGAACUGGGAGGCCAGACGGCCCACAGAGGGCACCCUGGGAGACGAGGGUAAUGCCCCAUCUGUGCCUGCUGUUCCCUUGCUGGCUGAGGGGCCUGACGGUAAUGCCAGCUCCAAGACAGAGGCUCAGGGACCCAAAGGGCAAGGCAGCCCAGGGGGCUGUGUGUGCCCGGGCCAGGCCUCCCCUGCCCCUCAGGCGGCAUCACCUCCAAGGGCUCGCAGGGUCCCCACGCCGCGCACGGAGGAGGCUGCCUGGGCAGCCACUGCCCUCACCUUCCUGUUGGUGCUGCUGACCCUGGCCACGCUCUGCACGCGGCUGCACCGAAACUUCCGACGUGGGGAGAGCAUCUACUGGGGACCCACGGAGGACAGCAAGGACACAGUGGCCGCUGUCGUGAAGCGGAGGCUGCUGAUGCCCCCACGUCGUGUUAAGCGCUCCCGCAGGAGACCCCUCUUCCCCCCCAUGCCGGACAGUGGACCCGACGAGGACAGCUCGGACUGA